AAGGGCAAAUUCACUAUCACUCACCUAUAAAAACUUCCUACUCACUUCCAAAAUAUACACUAAUUCCUUCUCUUAUAUCCAACUCAAAGAAAAAUGUCUUUGAUAACAGAUGAUAUAAGAGCCAAGGCAACAGAAUUGUACCAUGGAAAUGAUGUAUGUUUGGCUCAAUCAAAGAGGCUUCUUAGAGAAGUUGGGCUACCAAACGGGCUUUUACCUUUACAAGAUGUUGAGGAAUGUGGGUAUAUAGAAGAAACAGGUUUUGUAUGGGUUAAACAAAAGAAGGAAAUCAAGCAUAAGUUUGAGAAGAUAGGUAAGUUAGUAAGCUAUGCAAAUGAAGUUACUGCUUAUGUUGAACCUUGUAAGAUAAGGAAACUUACUGGUGUUAAGGCAAAAGAGUUUCUUAUUUGGGUAACUAUCUCUGAAAUUACUAUUGAUAGUCCUGAAAGUGAAAAGAUUGUGUUUAAGAAUCCGACUGGCAUUUCUAAGGUGUUUCCGACCAGCGCGUUUGUUGUGGAGGAAACUGAGGUGGCUACUAAGGUGGCGCGGAAGGAUGCGGAGGAGAAGGAAGCUGAGGCAGCCACCGCGGAGAAAGACAAGCAUGGUACUAACAAUGGGGUUGAGGUUGCGGCUGCCGCCGUGGCUAAUGUGGUUAAGGAAGUGUAGUUGAUCUGAUGACAAGUAAUUAAGUAUGUUUGCAUAAGAAUUUAGAGUUUGUUUUUGUAGGGAGAUUUGAGAUUCUAUGCUAAUUAAAGAUGUCUUUGAUCAAUUGAAAUAAGUAGUAAUAUAUAUGCAUGGAAUUGGAUCGUAAGAAGUGGCUCUUGCUCACUCUUUCUCUUGUCAACUUGAUUAAUUCUAUGAUGCUUUGUUUACAAAUUACGAUCUACAUUGAGUAAUGAGUUGUUGAUGUUUCUAAUAUUCAUACUCUUUUCAACAUGUUCAACAUCCGACGGUUUUUCAUGAUCGAAAAAGUUCAUCCUUUAUCAAACAUCUAUAUGAUACAAUCAUCAAAAUCUUCUAGAAUAAGACUAAUUGUUUAAUUGAAACCUUAUUUUCUAACGCACUCAAAUAUGACUCAAUUCGAAUAAUACGACUUUAUCGCUCAACAAACUUGAAUGAUUGACUUAAAAAAGGAGGUGAUCAUAAGACAUUCACAUACACUCAUAACAUAAUGUAUGAAGAUUGAAGACGAUUAUAUACAAAUCAAUUGUUAGGUAUUAGUCCUAUUACAGUCUUUAAUUGAUAUACAUAAAAAGACUGUGAUGGGAAACC